AACAUCUAGUGCACUGCUGUGAUGAAAGGAGGGAAGUGACAGUCACAUACAUUACUUUGUAUCUGUCUGAAUCACCACCGGCAACAAAGUUUCCACACUCUCCGGAUACCGAGGUGCACGAGCUUCCAUAACGUUUAACUGCCGCUCAUAUCACAAAUAACGACGAACAGUCCAAGCUUAUAUUGUCGACAUCGUCUGCAGUCGGUUUGGAAAACAUCUUUAUCCACGACUACAAGAUGACAGAUUCCUCUAGUUGUGAGUUGCUGGAGAGCUGUGGCCAGGAGACACUGCAGACCACUAAAGAGUUGGAGCGCAUGGUGGAGGCUGUGGAAAACAUGUCAGUGCAGCUGAGCGUGAUGGCGUAUGACUCGGUGGUGCUGCGUACGGAUCCGGACCAGGCCCAGGCCAUGCAGCGGCUGCAGGAGGCUUACCUGCAGUGCGAGGCCGCAGUGCGCCCCCACCUGGCCAACCCAAGCAACCACACCAGAGACACCGCAGCCAGCGACACCAGCGCAACACUCUAGAACUGCACCAGCGCAACACUCUAGAACACCAGAGACACCGCAGUCAGCGACACCAGCGCAAUACUCUAGAACACCAGAGACACCGCAGUCAGCGACACCAGCGCAACACUCUAGAACACCAGAGACCGCAGUCAGCGACACCAGCGCAACACUCUAGAACUGCACCAGCGCAACACUCUAGAACACCAGAGACACCGCAGUCAGCGACACCAGCGCAAAACUCUAGAACUGCAUCAGCGCAACACUAGAAUUCCACCAGUGGAACACUCCAGAACUGCACCAGUGACACCAGCGCAACACUCUAGAACUGCACCAGCGCACCACUAGAAUUCCACCAGUGGAACACUCUACCUCUGUCUGGCCUACACUGCUGUACUGGAGCAGACCAUGCACCAACUGUGCAGUCACACUAUAACCCUGGAAGACCACACGCGCAGUCUGACUGUGUGUGUGUGUGCGCGUGCGUGUGUGUGUGACACCACACUGAUAGGCCAUUGGUGUGUUGACUAUGUUGUUGGGGGGUAAGCUGUUGGUAUAGCUCACUGUACCGUGAUGUUAGCAGUGUGUUUCACGAGUAGUUCAUUAACUGCAUAGCUGUAAGUACUGUUUGUAUUUAUUUAUUAAUGUUACAAUGUUCAGUAAUGAACUGUACACUGGACAAUGCUAUGUUAAUUGGUACAUGAUGUGUACUGGUCUAUGAGAUGUUCAGUAAUAAACAUUGGUCUGGUAAA